UUGGAAUCUUUGACAUAAUAUUAAGAAAGAUAUAUCCAUCGCCACGUUCUCCUUCAGUGGUUGCAAUUUGGAGAGAAAGGAAGAAAAGACAGAUAAGACUCACAUAUAGAACCCGACCUUUGAGCCUGAAAUGGCUGUACCAGAAGCUCCAACAGUCACUGGGCCCACCCUUCACCACCAUUCUUAACCUUUAACCUAAAACUCGUCACAAAUUAUGUUGCCUGUUUUUUCCUCUCCUCAAGCACCCCUUUUUAAAACCAUUUUUGUGCCAUUAUUUGGGGACACACACAAACACGAAGAGUCUACUCUUCCCUUGUCUGAGUAAUAAUUGAAUAUCUCUUCCCCCCAUUGACAACCAUAAUUGCAACUCAUUAAAGUCUCACCUUACCUAUCUCAUCAUUUUCAUUCAUCCUCCUCCUGCACAUCUACAAUAUCUCCCUUUAUCAUAUAAUGGCUAUUCUCCCACCAUCACGUGACACCCAUCACACCAACUGCAACAUCGUCAACGGACCAGAUUUAAAGCCACGCCUCAAGCUCAUUCCCUGUGAAUUUCCAUCCUUCACGAUUUCACUCCCCUGCUCCACCCACCCACACACCAAGCACACCACCAUGCUUCAAGACCAACCCAAAUCAGAUUUCUCAGGCAUUCGUUCCCAUCAUUUUGAUUCGCUGUUGGACUCAAAUACUUCGCCCCAGUCAACGUUCUCGUCUACUUUGAGCUCGAUUCAGGGGAGUCCUGAAGGUUCCUCUUCUGCUUCUUCCCCUUCUUAUUCUUCUCAGGAACCGUCGCCUACCGGACAUGAAUUUUGUUGGGAAAGCGACUAUGAUACGAUGAAGAUGUUAGAGAAGAUGAAGCUGGACGAAAGGGACAGUUCCGAAUACCAUCCUGGUUAUGUGAAUCAGAGGUUGGAGACCUCAAAUGUUGGACUCCAUUCACUCCUUCAGGAACAAAUUCGAGCUAUUCAAUUGUCUGGGAUCAGACAAGAGGAGAUUCUGUCUCAGAAGCAAGACCCAACAGCAUAUGUAGGAAAAACUCAAAGGCAGAUAUCACAGCAAUUUGAAAAGAAAGGUAAAGGAGUUAAUGUCGGGUAUGAUUACGAAAGAAGGAUUCGUCCACCAUGGCAGCAGGGUCGUUCACACCAGCAAACUGGUUCGAGAGGCUCGUCAUAUUCUGGGACUGGUGUUUUCUUGCCCCGUGGAGAAACUAGUGCCCCGUUGGAGUCACGUAAGAGACCAGGUAAAGGAUGCACCGCGGUUCUGAUACCGGCAAGAGUAGUGCAGGCUUUGCAAGUCCACUUUGACCAAAUGGCUGCCACGUGUGGGCCUACUAAACCUUCUGCCUUCCCUCCCCUGCAUGAUGUUUUAGUAAGUACCAGUGAUGGCAUGUAUUCACUACAGAACCGUCAAUCACAAAACCAACAGCAACAUAUGCAGAAUGAGAUGCUUCUGCCUCAAGAAUGGACCUAUUGAUUACUAAAGUCACAGACCAAUUUGUAGAUUGACGUGCCUUCCAAAGUUUCUGCAGGAAAACAAAGAGAGAUUGAAGACAGAUCAGUAAAUGGGAAAUUCUUCUUACAUGGAUUCAAUGACAAGUUAACACUGAUAUUACGCAUUACAGAUAUAGUUUUCUCUU